AUGUCAAUCGUUCCAUACCAGUCUCGCGGUCGCGAGAUCGUCUUGCGUCACCACAAUGCCGUCGUUGUUCGCGACCCCUCCUCCCGCCGCCUCGAGCUUGACCGUGCCCUGACAGAGUGCCCGACAUGCCACCAGCCGUUGAGACCAUCCUCGCCCGAACGGAGCUUCGACUCCUCGUCUGAAAACGAAUCCUAUGUCAGUCCGGACUAUUUUCGCAUGCUGCGAGACCGCAACGACCUGUUUCAGUCCGAUCCAACGCCAUCGAGCCCCAUUCGCAGGCUCGUCCACGCUUUUGAUGACAACAACCGGACCCUGCCGGAAUAUGUGCAAGAUGCCGAGUUUGUUUCGAGCUCUCCCGCCCCGCAGGAAGGAAGUCGUAUCAAACGGGAGGCUUUCCAGCCAAACUACUUCAAGACAUUCUUCGUCGAAGAAAGAGAACUCGGUCGAGGCGGGAAGGGUGUCGUCCUCCUGGUGAGACAUGAGAUUGACGGCUGUCAAUUGGGAUAUUUCGCAUGCAAGCGUGUGCCCGUCGGCGAUGACCACGGCUGGCUUGAGAAGGUCCUGAUCGAGGUCGAGCUUCUCGCCAAGUUGUCGCACCCAAACCUGGUCUCGUACCGACACGUUUGGCUGGAAGAUGUCAAACUCAACCGGUUCGGACCCAGCGUGGCAUGCGCCUUCAUCCUUCAGCAGUACUGUAACGGAGGAGAUCUACUUCACAAGGUAGUUGGCAAGUUCCCAGAGGAGACAACCAAGGAACAGCUCAAGGCUCAGAUCCGGCGCCGAUCAAAGGGCCAAACGGAGAGGCCGUCAGACUUGUGGGCCGCACGCUCCCAACUCCUGCCCGAGGAGAUCUACUCGUUCUUCAGAGAUAUCACUGCAGGUCUCGCAUACCUGCACGCCACCAACUACAUCCACCGUGACCUCAAGCCAAGCAACUGCCUGCUGCAUGAUGAGCGCGGAAGGAUCACUUGCCUGAUCAGCGACUUUGGUGAGGUGCAGCCAGAAAAUGUCGUUCGUAAGUCGACCGGAUCAACUGGCACCAUAUCCUAUUGCGCACCCGAGGUUCUGAAGAAGGACGGUACGGGCAGGUACGGCAACUUCACAACCAAGUCAGACAUCUUCUCCUUGGGGAUGAUCUUGUAUUUCAUGUGCUUUGGACGACUGCCAUACCGAUCAGCCAACACGAUCCAUGAAGAGCUUGAGGACGUUGAUAUGUUGCGGGCCGAGAUCACAGACUGGAAAGGGUUCGAGGACGAGCGACGAGAGAGACCGGAGCUACCCGGAAAACUCUACACACUUCUGAAGCAGUUGCUCGCGCUGAACCCAAUGGAACGCCCCAGCGCAGACGACGUUCUGAAAGCGCUGAAGAACGUCACAAUUUUGGAGAGCAUGUUACGUGGCGCCGGCGCGUCGAUUGGAGUUCCGGGGCGGCGCAUCCAGAACUUGGAUUCGCCAAUGCCACCAAGCACUCCUGUGCCAGAUCCCAGAAAGCGUGCCACCGUACAGUCGUCAUUGCAAGACGAUCUUGAAGACGCUCAGAAAGAGGAUGGCCUACCACCGCCUCAACUUCACCAGACCCUACAGAAACUCUCAAACCCACCGCCAACAAGGCACCGCGCACCAACAAUGUCCCCAUCUCAUAGCCAGGACAGUCACCCGCGCCCGCGGUCGCCCCGAUACAGGAACUCCAGUCCAACACGUGAUCAAGACGCCAUCACAACACCCCUGCUGAUGCCUCCGCCGACCACCUUUUACGGAGAAGUCAAGACAAGAUACGAAGAGUUCACACGCACACUAUCUGAGCCUACGUCACCUUUCUUCCGAUUCGUGCUAUUCUUGGUUAAGAUGCUGGUCAUAGGCCGCGCUUGCUGGCCUGCCAGUUUCAAAAUGGCCAUGGGUGGCAUUCUAAUUACAGCAGCAGCCGUCGACCUCGCCUGGGUGUUGAGUCUCAGAAGAUCGGUGUUCUUCUUUGUGCUCCAUCUUGCCCUUGUCUUGACAUUUCAGAGGAGUGGCGAUCUCUGCCUGGGUGGUCAUGAAUCGUGGGACUGGAAUCCGGCUCUCCCACAGGAUUGA